GUACAAUUGCCGUACAUUCCUUAGUCAGCAAUAAACUACAACGAGUCUAGCCGUACGUACAGUACAUGUAACUUGAUUAUGCCAGCACACCAAUGAUGUGGAUAGAGCAACACGACCACUGACGAGUUUGACUUUUCAGGCACUAUUACUCGGAUGACUCCCUAUGGAUGGAGCUUUUGAACGAGAAACUCACCUACUGCUUCGAAUUCUUGGGCGACUUGGUCUUCCCACUCACUUCGGAGGCCUUCCAUCGUUCCACAUUUUCUCUGCUCUAUUUCUUCAACCACAAGAGUAGUCCCCUGGUUGGGGGCCAGCCCGCCGUGGGCAAGACCACACUCAUCCGCCAUGCAGCUGCUCUUUUGGGUCAGCCUUUGUUUAUUCGAACUAUGACCCGGGAGACAGGGUUACACAUGUUGCAGACGUAUCUAGACGUGGCCAUUGCAGUGGGGGUUUGGUUCUGCUUCAAAUCCGUGGACAGGGUAGGGAUGGACGUGCUGUCAACUUUGACCAGGGAUCUGAUGCAUCUGGAGUCCAAUCAUCGAUACAAGGAGAGCAAUGCCUUUUUCACAUUCACAAGCAAUCUGACUGGGUUGAAUGGACAAUAUAUGCCACAGACAUUUAGGGUAAGAUGCAUGCUUCCAAAGUUUUGUGGCAACACAGAGCGUUCAAACGCAUCGGGCAGUAAAAUGGGUGGUAAAGAACAACCAUUGGUUGAAUUAGGCGGGAAAAUCAAAUUGCUUUGUCUCAAUAGCGUCUCAUCCGACCUCUUUGCGUGGUCCAACCCGAAUUCGAUGUCAUGAUCCGUCAGUUCAUCUUGGGCUUAGGUCUGCAAGUGCCAACUUUGAGAAAAUCUGACCAACGCCUGACCCAUCAAAUUGUAUCGCUAUUAAAUGCCGUGAACUCUAUGCGAU